UUUCACUGACAAGAGGGAGAAGGCUUUUUCUGAGUUUGUCAGCUCCCCCUAAAAUAGCAGUCAGCGUGUAAAUGUGAACUGAAAUUACGCUUAUCCACUGGAGCCACCGAUAUAGAGUUGUCUAUAGGCUUCUCGGCGUCUGACUCGGGAGUAAAGAUUGUGGUGUCGAGAAGAAAGAAGAAAGAGUGUGAACCAGAAGAGCGACUGUUGCACAAUGUGCUAGGAGAGUGGGGGAAGAAAUUGUGUUGUUUUUCUGAUAUUGUCGAGGUGUCAGAGAGAACAGAAAGGACCCAGCCAUGGGGCGGAAGAAGAUACAGAUCACCAGGAUCAUGGAUGAGAGGAACAGGCAGGUUACCUUCACAAAGAGGAAGUUCGGCCUGAUGAAAAAGGCCUACGAGCUGAGCGUGCUAUGCGACUGCGAGAUAGCCCUCAUCAUUUUCAACAGCUCUAACAAACUGUUCCAGUACGCCAGCACAGACAUGGACAAAGUGUUGCUGAAAUACACAGAGUACAACGAACCUCACGAGAGCAGAACCAACUCUGACAUCGUAGAGAAAUUGAGAAACAAAGGCCAUAAUGACUGUGCUAGUCCCGAUCCAGAGGACUGUUUUGGGCACAGCCCCCUCAUGGACGACCAUUUCGGCAAACUAAGCGAAGAGAGUGAUUUAAUGUACAAGCGCUGUGGUCCCUCAGCAUUGCCUCAGCAGAACUUCUCAAUGCAUGUGGCGGUGCCCGUUUCCAACCCUAAUGCCAUGUACCAGCAAGGAGGGUCUCUGGGCAGUCAGGCCCUGGCCUCAGCCACAGUCUCCCUGAGUGACAGUGGGAUGCUGUCCCCUCCCCAGGCCUCUCUGCACAGGAAUGUGGGCUCGAGUGGAGGCCCCCAGAGGCCCACCAGUGCAGGCAGUGCAGGGAACGGUUUUGUUAACCCCAGGGGCUCCCCAGGCGUCCUCAGCUCAUCCAGCGGCAAUGGCCUGGGUAAAGUCAUGCCCACCAAGUCUCCCCCGCCCCCUGGAGGGAACAUGGGAAUGGGAAGCCGCAAGCCAGACCUAAGGGUUGUUAUCCCUCCGUCUAGCAAAGGGAUGAUGCCCCCACUGAACACCCAGAGGAUAAGCAGCUCCCAGGCCGCCCAGCAGCUGGCCACUCCAGUAGUGUCUGUCACCACCCCCAGCUUACCCCCUCAGGGUCUUGUCUACUCGGGCAUGCCCACCUCCUACAACCCUGCUGAGUUCUCCCUGAGCAGUGCAGAGAUCUCCUCCCUUCAGGGCUUCAGCUCUCCUGGGCUCUCGCUGGGCUCCAUGUCGGCAUGGCAACAGCAUCAACUGGGCCAGGCGGCUCUUAAUUCUUUGGUUGGUGGAGGUCACCUACCUCAGGGCUCCAACCUCUCCAUCAACACCAGCCACAGCAUAAACAUCAAGUCAGAGCCCAUUUCACCGCCUCGAGAGCGUGUCACCCCCUCCGGCUUCCCCCCUCAGCAGCCGCAGCAAGGGUCCAGCCGACAGGAGGUUCUGGGACGUUCACCUGCCGACAGCCUCAGCUCCUCCUGUAGCUCUUAUGACGGCAGUGAUCGAGAGGACCACCGGCCAGACUUCCACUCCCCACUUGGGUUGGGCAGACCCCCAGCUGGCUCCGAGGACAGGGAGAGCCCCUCAGUCAAGCGCUUGCGCAUGGACACGUGGGUGACAUAAAGAGCCGGGAUCAGGCCUCCAGUCACCAGCCAGGCAGAGAGGGGGAGAGGGAGGGGUGAGACAUGGAGACAAAUGAAAGAGCAAGGGUUCUUAGAGCUAUCAUUACUAUACUAUUAUUCAACUCCAUUUCAAUUUGUAAGACUGAGUGGCAAAAUGUUACAAAACAUAUCCACAUAAAUAAUUCUCAACCUGAAGCAGGAAGAUUUAAAAAAAUCUCAGUUAGCUGGACUGAAUAACGUGCACAAACAGGUGGUAUCAGGUACUUGGUGCAUUUCAUAUUUGCAAGUGAGGACGUUUAAAGAAUAAUUGUUAAACAAUAAGUGGUAGAUUAUUGAAGUCACCGGUCUAGACAGACACUUACAUGUAGUUGCUGUAAUGCUGUUGUGCUUGCAAGUUGCAAACAAAAUCUGAAAAAUUGACGUCGCUUUCAAGCUGAGAAAAAACCCCUCGAAUAUGAUGAACUAUCUUUGAAAUCAUGCUGUAAGACAAGACCUUUAACUCAAGUGGCCUCGUCUCAUUUAUCGAUCAGUUCAUCAGGAAAUACAGAGAACAUGGAGUUAAUUUAUACUUUAUACUGCCAGGAUUUUACAUGCAGUGAAUUAAACGCAGCAGUUGAGACUACUUUAGUGAUCAAAUGAAACAGUACUGUUGGUGGUAAAACAAAAAUAGCAACAGAAUUAUUGCAAUAAUGACAUACUAUCAUUUUUUAAUUUAAAAAGAGUAGGAUAUAUAAAUGUGCAAUUAAGAGAAUGCAAACCUGUCCAGUUGAACUGGUGAGAAAAUCAACAUGUUCACAAUUGUGUAACAGUUCAUCAGUAAUAUAAGCCAAAGCUGUUCUUUUGUGUUGUUUUGUACAGUUACUACAGUUUCACUCAAAUGCACCGUUUCUUUCAUCGUAGUUUUAUAUUUUAUUGUGCUUCAUCACAAACGGUGUAAGGUCAUGUAAAUCUGAAUCAAUAUCUAAAGCCAUGAACAUUUGCUGUUCUGUUUGUACAAAUGAAAAUUUGAGCCAAACAUUUUCCUCUGUUGUGUAAAUAAGGACUUUAAUAUAUAUCACCAGGGUGAUAGUACAUACUGAAUGUACUGUAUAAUCACCGUUUUCAAGAAAAGUAUAUUUUUGUGGAUUACAGCCAAGUUUACAAGAGUAGACCCUUAAAAAGUAGAUCAUUCACUGGUCAAUAUUUGCUUUUUUCUUUUGUUAAUUUACUGUAAUCUCUUCAAAAUUGAAUAUACAACAUAACCUCCCAUGUGUGUUACUUCCAGAUGGUUGACUUGUUUUUUUUCCUGUCUUUAUUAGUGGUGAUUGUUUGUCCUGAAGACAUUGUAUUAACAAUGCUGUGAGGUUGAAGUUCCACUUGUUUUCAUAUAUUUGUGAAGGAUGAUCACAAGGCUAAGGGAAAUCGGGAAUAGGGUUUCUUCCCUUCUAUUGUGGUAGCUCUUCUUAGUUGUAUACCAGCAGCUGCUGAAUACACUGCCAACAUUCAAACCCAAGGUCCCAGCCCCACACUGAAGAAUAAUCUAUUGUUACUGCAUGUAGCUCAUCUGAAAGACAUGCCAUCUCUCGAGCCCUUUUUCCCUAUCCUGUUAUUGGUUCAUAGAAUUUAAGCAGAGGACAUAUAUGUGUUAGAAUAGGCUGCCGACCUUCACUCAAAACAACAUGCCUGUGCCCGUAUGUGGUUGUAAAUAUUGCAGUCUACUUGAAAUGUGAGUCAUAAUUAUGUAUAAAAACAAACUCAUGUAUUUCCUGAAUUGACCGUGGAAAUUGUAUCUUACAUCAAUGCCCUAUUACUUAAAAAGAGUACUAUUGGAUUGGGAACCUUAGAGCUAAGAGAAGUGAUUAUCCAAAGGAGUUUAAUUCAUGUACGAUGGAAAGUGUCUUGCAAAGACAGAAGGGGGGGGAGGGGGGCGGGGGGGGAGGCAGUUGUGACUUGUUUUCUUCUCCAUCCUCAAAGAAGCUAAUAAUUCAGCAGGUGAUUCAUCAUUAUAACAUCGACAACAAUGCAAUGUCAUUGACUUCAAUCUCACUGCUGGAUCGCACACAUUUGUAUGAGAAGUUUGCUGUACGAGAAAGGUAUUACUCUGCAUUCACUGUGACAUAUCCAGUGUGCUUUACUGAGGCUUCUGUUCUCUGCGACCCCCAUCAUCAGCACCAUGCUAGUUCUCAGUAUGCUCCCCUAUUGAUCUAUGCAGCUUUAGCCCCCCAGUUCACGCUGACAUUAAACAGACUAUGAUGUCCCGACAGGUCAUUUUUUUGAGUCCACAGAGCAUCAGGAAGAAGAGCAUCUGAGGGUAGACUGUUAGUUUAUAAUCCUGAAGUGCCACAGCUGGACACUGCUGGACUAAAAAAAGUUCCAUAUGAUACCUUUCAUUACAUGAUUGAUUUGAAUAAACCCCCCAGAAGUAUUUUCUUUUUCAUAUACAUUUCUACAAAAUACUUGACAUUACAGUAAUCCAUAAUACAAUCAGGUUUAAUAUAGCUGGUUGAAAUAGCAAUAAUGAAAGGCUACAACAAAAAAAUGUCUGCCUUUUUCUGGCAGCACCACCUCCUAGUUGAGCACACACUUUAGCACUUAAUAACAUAUCAGGGAAUUUUCUAGUUUCUCUAUUUACCGAAUAUGCACAGAUAGGAAAUGCCUUAUCCCAAAGAAAAACGACAGAUUUUUUUCAUUUUAUUGUCUUUCAUUAAACAAAAAAAAAAAAAACACAAAUGUAUGUGAACUCGACCAGACCUGCCUCCCCCUCAGAAAAGACUCACACUCUUAACAUGCACAGUGAAUGCACUGUGAUACACUUUGCUCUUUUGGGUCUUUGUCCAAAUUGUGCACAAUUGAUGAAUGUGAACGGAGAUGGUAAUCAAUGAACCUUUGGAGGGACUUUUCUUCACUUUGCUGUGUAACAGUACACUGCUUUGCUUCAUGGCUUUUAUAAACAGAACUAUGUGUUUGGUAAGUGUUUGUAGCUGAUAGUUCACUUAACUGAAGAAGCUGUUUUCGGUUUGAAUGCUCAGACCGUUUGGCGGCACAAGCUGGACUUUGUUGCCAAUAAUGAAAUUAUUUGUUUCCAAAUCGAAAGAUUUUAAGUUGACCUACAUUUUAUUUCCCUUGAAUGUGUUAUUUUAUUUUCAUCAUACAAUAAAUAUUCAAGUGAACUUUUUAUUAAACAAUUAACAUACUAUGCUAGAUAUUGUUGUACAAAUUUGUAUUCUUCACAAACGUACAAAUAUUGGCUUUUAAUGUGUAAUUUAGGUUAUCUCUCUUAUUCUGUAUAAAAUGAAGUAAACAACUCUUACAUAGAAUUUGUUCUCCUGUGAAGUCCCAAACAGUAGAAACUGUCAACUUUAUUAAACACCUCAGUGUAUGCUCAC